CCAGACCCCGGCUUCCACCCCAAAUUGACUCUACCCUCUCCUCCAUUUACCCAGAAGCUGUCUCACACAAAGUCACCACUAUCAGGGUCGAUGACACUGAUAGACUUGAGGCCAGCAAGAAACAGCCAACCUCUUGUCCGGGGAUCCUAAACCAAAUUACCAAACCCUCACCACCAAACAGAACAACUUCUCUCGUUUCCUUUUGCUCGGUUUCCAGCUCGCCCAGUCGCUCCAGUUCCUAUCCUAGCACACCCCAUUCCACCUCCAGCGGAGUCAGGUCCUCACAUCCUGAUCGUGAUCGAGAUCGAGCUCCAAUCAAGCAACAUGGCGAAGCUGUCAGUCUCACAGCCCAACACGAAUGCCUGACAAGCCCACCACUGUCGUCGCUUAUGCGGCUGGCGCAUCUCUUGCUGCCAUCGCAGCCUUCUACGUCUUUGGCCCGACCUUCUUCAUUGACGGCGAGAACUCGUACAACACAAACGACGGUCGAAAGCGGACCAUCAUCGGUCUCUCCAAUCCUGCAAAUGAUUGUUUUAUCAACAGUGUUCUGCAGGCACUGGCUGGUCUAGGCGAUGUUAGAAUCUACCUCAUUAAAGAGCUGCAUAGGAGACAACUCGACGGUCCCGAAAUCUAUGAAACACCUCCCACGGUUUUGCGCAAGGGUGAGCGCCCGGAAAAGAUUGUCAGCCUUCAGAAAGGACCGGUGACCAAGGCUUUGAAAGAGAUGCUGGAUGCUUUGAACGAACGCCCAAUCUACAAAAAGACCAUCAGCGCCCGGCCAAUGAUCGAGGCACUCGAACGAGCCUUUCAGACCCGCAUCAGUCGCAAUCAGCAGGACGCGCAAGAGUUCCUUCAGAUAGUCCUGGAACGCUUGUGUGACGAGUACCAUGCAGCACAAAAAGCACGAAAGAAGCCCGACCUUCAGUUAGAACACAAUGGGUGCGCCGAAGCCUCCAAGCCCGCGGGCACCAACAUUCCCUUGUCACAGGUCACCGUCGGUACCAAUGAAGGCUUCCCCUUUGAAGGGCGGAUUGAGUCUCAGAUCACCUGCAUGCGAUGUGGCUACAAAACAAAGGCAACCGCUACGACUUUUGUUUCCUUGACGCUGAAUGUUCCGCAGAAAAGCUCAACUUCUCUAGACAAUUGUUUUGAUAUCUUGUUGAAAAGUGAAGAGAUUGAUGGAUUCAAAUGCGACAAAUGCCGCCUGGAGCACGCUUUGCAGUGGAAGCAAACCAAGUUGAAGUCGGCUACAAGUGACUCCGACCGUGAAGCAUUAGAAGCCGACGUGGCAGCGAUUGAGCGCGCUCUCCAGGAUGAUCCAGAGAAACCUCCUGAAGGUGUGGUCCUGCCAGACUCAAAGCUCGCCCCAAAAUCCAAGAUUCGAAAAGCCACCCGGAUUACCGUGUUCCCAAAAGUCAUCGCCAUCCACCUGUCGAGAUCCGUCUUCGAUCCUGGCAGUUAUUCAACUAAAAACAUGGCCAAGGUCUCAUACACCCAACGCCUACGAUUAGGGGGUUUGUUGAAUGAACACUGGUAUAAUUUAUUGGGCGUGGUGUGCCACAAGGGAAGUCAUAACAGUGGCCAUUAUGAAUCCUUCCGCCGCAACCACCUGUACCCACCAUUUGCAACGCCUGAUGCUUUCAGUGCGUAUGCAGCAGCGAGCCGGAAUAGCAGCAGAGUAACCUCGGCGACGGCCAGUCCUCACGUGGAAGCUACAAAGACUGGGGGUGCUUCUGCCCCGGAAGCAUCUCAGGCUCCGUCCAGUGCUUCCAUCUCAACUCAUUCCUUGUCUACAAGCAACAGCAGACCGAGUUCCAACGUGGUUGAUGCCAAGGAAGCCUCGGCCACUCCUCCCCCAAAGGUCGAGGAGCCAGCCGAGGCACCGGCGAUGCCCGCACUCAACAGGACGGAGACGCAGGCAUCACGCCCUCAGAUCAGAACCCAUGGAUCGAGCUUACCAGGGAAAUUCCGACGACGAAAGAAAUCCCACGAUCGAUGGUGGCGUAUUUCAGAUGAGAAGAUCAAAGAAGCCCGCACGUCGGAUGUUUUGUCUAUGCAGCGCGAGGUGUACCUGUUAUUCUAUGAGUUGGAACGACCUGGUGAUGAUACCACCUCAUAGUGACAUGUGCUUGAUAGCACGUGAUGGAGAUUUUUAUAUAGACUUUUUGUGCAGUCCAUCUUCUAGAUGAGAGUCGGCGUUCGUAUAUCUGGCACUACUGGCCAUGACCGCGUACAUAAACUUGUGAAUAUAAAAUGAUUCAACAAUA